UUUCCUUCCCUUCUUAAUCCCCUCCUCAUCCCACUUCUCCUCCAACCAUCCAUCUCACAACCACACAUCACCUGUUCAACAUAGGUAACUACAAACAACCAACACGAUCACCUUUGAUCAAACAUUUCACACACAACUGCAAUCAUGACGGAACCGCUCUCCAAGGUCGACUCAGCUGUCGGAGGUCUCUCUCAAUCACCACCCAAGGAGUCCAAGACUCGCCGGCAAUCAUCCGCCGCUGCACCUGGCGUGUACAACAUCAAGGACCUUGAAGAAGAAAAGAUUGAGCUUGAGCUCGCACCGGAAACACAACGGACAGGAUGGAAGAUCAACACUUCAUCAUCGCAAGUCGAGGACAAGGAAAUUCUCAAGGUGCACCUGUCAAAGCCCCCAGUCAAGAAGAUUGACCUGCACUUCCCGCUCGGCAUGGAAGUAACAGCACGCAACCUCAAGGGAGUAACGAUAAAGGAUGCCCUGGACGCCAUCCACAAGGCAUAUAAGAAGAGAUCUGACGACGAGCUCGACAACCCGUACCUGGCUGGCUUUGAAUGGGACAAGGAAGAGUCCUGGACACGCUUGGUUGUUCACCUCCAGAAGAACCCCGCAAUUGAGAAGAUCGGCGGCGGUGGCGGCGGCAAGAAGAAGAAGAACAAGAAGAACGAGGGUGAGGAGUAACUUCCCUGACUUUAUUUCUUCAUAUCUGGUCCAAUACUUCCUGGUAAAACUGCUUGCUUCGCUUUGGCUCAAUAGGCGACUUGGCGCAAUGGGAUAUUGCGAUAGAUAUCGUCGGAUAUUGUGUCAAUGGGUUCGGAUCUCUGCUCUGGAGCUUGAUGCUUCG